AGAGAGAGAGAAAGAAAUAGAGGAGUUAUAUAGAGAAGAUAGAGAUAUAUAGAGAUAGAUAAAGAGAGAGACAGAGAGAGAGAGAGAGAAAAGAUUCCUUCCUGGACGGAUUUAGACGUUCGAGAAGUAGUAACACAACGUCCACCUCAUCCGUUUUCGUCGUCAUCAUCAUCAUCAUCAUCAUCAUUAUCAUCAUCUUCUUCGGUUAGUUCUCAAUGGAUCUAUUCGAAAAGCGACACCCAUAAUCCAUCGACACGUCGACAUCUCGAAGGAAAGAUAUCUUUCCUUACCUAACCACCCCCUGCAUUACCUCCCUUCUCUCUUUUCCUCUUCUCCCUGUUACCACCUUCUUCUCUUCUCCUCUCCUCUCCUCUCCUCUCCCUCUAGCACCGCGGGCGCGUGCUAUGCACGACCGAAACGCGACCGUCGACCUUCUCUGCCGCAGGAACGCGUGAACAGUAGGUUACCGUGUCCAGGUAUACCACGUGCUCUCGAUUCGCGUUAGUGUAUUCUACUACCUACGUUACUAAUAGUGUACGUACGUGUACCGUGUACGUGUGUGAGCGUGAGUGUGUAUGUGUACGUGUGUGGUAGGUGUACGUACGUGAACGUGCGUGCGCCGCGCGCGUGUCUACGUGUGUGCGCGUAUAUGUGUAUAUGUGUGUGUCUGCUAUCUCUCUGUGUGUGUACGUACGUACGUGCGCGCGCGCGCGUGCCAUCGACAUCACUUAGAGAAGCUCAUCUACAUCCAUCCCCCUUCUUACCUGUUUUACUUAAUAUUGUGAAAGUGCAGUGAGUCGUAAUAUCGACGUAAACGUCCACGCGGAAUGCGGCCUCCUCGAGGUGGACGACGCCAUCGUCUCUAAUCGCCGUCGCCGCAAACGCCGCCACCGGCGUCGUCGAUCGUCGUCGUCGUCGUCGUCGUCGUCGUCGUCGUCGUCGCCGCCGUCGUCGUCGUCGUCGUCGUCGAUCGUCGUCGUCGUCGUCGUCGUCGUCCGGUAAAUCGGGGCACGAACGUGUAAAGUACAAUCGUUCAAGACGACGACGAGUUAACCCUACAGAUACUUAGAGUGCCUCCGAGUACGAUUCCCAACAUGUCGUCAGGGACUUUCGUCGAUCGGAUAGAUCCCUUCGCUAAGCGAUCGCUUAAGAAGAAGUCGAAGAAGUCCCAGAGUUCCUCGCGAUAUAGAAACUCACAGGACGUCGAGCUACAACAGCUACCACAGCUCAAAGAUGUUACACCGUCAGAGCAAGAAGAUUUGUUUAUUAGAAAACUUCGGCAAUGCUGUGUGGCGUUCGAUUUUAUGGAUCCGAUGGCGGAUCUCAAGGGGAAGGAAAUUAAACGCAGUACCCUCAACGAAUUGGUGGAAUACAUCACGGCUGGACGAGGCGUUCUUACCGAACCUGUUUACCCAGAAAUCAUCAAGAUGAUAUCAGCGAAUCUUUUCCGUACGUUGCCACCUAGUGAAAAUCCAGACUUUGAUCCAGAAGAAGAUGAUCCAACAUUGGAGGCGAGCUGGCCCCACCUUCAGUUGGUUUAUGAAUUCUUUCUUCGCUUUCUCGAGUCUUCAGACUUCCAACCUGCCAUUGGCAAGAAAGUUAUUGACCAAAAAUUUGUUUUACAAUUAUUGGAAUUAUUCGACUCGGAAGAUCCUAGGGAAAGAGAUUUUCUUAAGACCGUUUUACAUCGUAUUUACGGCAAGUUCCUUGGUCUUCGAGCGUUCAUACGCAAACAAAUUAAUAACAUUUUUCUGAGGUUCGUCUAUGAGACGGAACACUUUAAUGGAGUAGGCGAACUCCUUGAAAUUCUUGGUAGCAUCAUUAAUGGAUUUGCUCUACCUUUAAAAGUAGAACACAAACAGUUCUUGAUUAAGGUAUUACUACCAUUACACAAAGUGAAGUGUUUAUCGCUCUAUCAUGCACAGUUAGCUUAUUGCGUUGUACAAUUCUUGGAGAAAGACGCAACCUUAACGGAACCAGUUGUACGAGGCCUCCUUAAGUUCUGGCCUAAGACAUGCAGCCAGAAGGAGGUUAUGUUCCUUGGUGAGAUUGAGGAAAUACUUGAUGUCAUAGAACCUAGCCAAUUUGUUAAAAUCCAAGAGCCUUUGUUCAGGCAAAUCGCACGUUGCGUAUCCUCGCCGCAUUUCCAGGUCGCAGAGAGAGCAUUGUACUUCUGGAAUAACGAGUAUAUAAUGUCGCUAAUCGAGGAAAAUAAUCACGUAAUAAUGGCGAUCAUGUUCCCCGCAUUGUAUAAAAUUAGCAAGGAGCAUUGGAAUCAGACGAUCGUAGCACUUGUUUAUAAUGUACUCAAAACGUUUAUGGAAAUGAACAGCAAGCAAUUCGAUGAACUUACUGCCAGCUAUAAGUCUGAAAGGCAAAAAUGGACAUACACUAUUACGCUGCCCAAUUAUUAGUCCUUAGUUUACGUCGAUUGUCCAUACACUACAAGCAAGAAAUUAUCGUUGUUAGAAAAAAAGAGGCAGAAGGAAGGAAAGAAAAAGAAAAGAAGAGAGAAAAAAAGAAACAAAUAUCUCACGAUGGCAUUCUUGACGUAAAAUACAAUUUCUUUCGUUAGAGUCGCGCCCGGAAGGCAAAAUGGAGUUCGUAAAUAAAAAAAAAAAAUAUAUAUAUAUAUAUACAUAUAUAUAUAUAUGAAAGAAUGAAAGAAAGAAGAAGAGAAGGAAAAGGAAGGAGUUGUGAAGGAAGAAAGCAGAAAAUCGCAAUUGUAUUGUUCUCUGACGCCAUGAUGAUGAUUGAUGAUGAUAAUUUUUAAUAAUUUUAUUCUGUGUACAUUAAUGUUUAUUUUUCUUUUUUUCGGAUGAAAAUCAGCAAUCAUUUAAGUUGUAUAAUGUACUUUCAGUGUCAGCACAUAAUACGAGGAUGAUAUAUUAGUGUGUCCCCUUCUUAAAGCUAAGAUUUUCAGCUGUGCUCGGUUGGAGGGGACGAUCGGAAUGUAAAUUUGAAUGAAUGCAGCAGUAUCGUUA